AUGGCAGACCAAGAAGACGUCCUGGCGUCGCUACUGGACGCGGUCGUGCGGCAGCCGACGCACGACGUCUUCAUCCAGUCGUACGGACACGAGGUCCUGGACAAGUGCCAGAGCGGCGCGCUCCCGCUCAAGCGCCUCGCGUUCCACGUCUUGGCGCAAUGCUAUCGCGUCCAGUACCGCAGCUCCGAGCGCCAUUUGAAGACGCUGCUGAUUGCCACGUGCAACAACGUGGCCAAGUUCCCCGAGGUCUUUGCGCGCGUCUUGCACGUGGUCUGUCCCUCGCUCAGCGCGUCAUUCGAUCGCGCGCGUGUCCUCGCCCUGCGGCUUUCGUGUGUCGUGCUGGACGCGGCGUUGCAAGCAGAGACGUCGUCGUCGUCUUUAGUAUCGGAAACGACGUGGUUUGCGGACUUGUUGGCGACGCAGAGCCGGUUGCUGGAAGCUACACUGGAUGACUCGAUGCGGAGCCAGCAACAAGCACGUAAAGCGGUGCUUCAAGUGCUUAAGAAACACGACAAGACGCUGCUGCCGAUGUACGUUAAUGUGGUGGCUGCAGCUGGACCUGAAGAGCAGUAUUAUCAGCUGUGGAUGGUGCUAAGUGCUCGUGACAAGGGACUGGACAAGGACAUAAACGAGAUGUUGUAUCGAAAGUACGCGUACUGGGCGUUUGAGAGCAAGAAACGGUCGUUCGUGCCUUUGGACAAGGAUGAUGUGAGGUUUAAGACGCUGACGUACGAGCAGUUGGAGCUGUGUAUUUCGCCAGUGAUGGCGAAAAUGCUCAAGAAAGCACCAGAAGCAGUGAUUGAAGCCGUGGGAACGCUCGUGCUGAGCAUGCCGUUGGACUUUGGACGAUACUUGGACGACUUGAUGAAACCCGUGCUGGUUGCCAAGUUACGGGCUCCCAAGGACGAUGUGCGUGCACUCGCAGUGAAGCUUGCUGGCGCGCUGGCACACUCAUUCUGUCAGAGCGAACAUGUGCAGCAGUUGGUGAAUAUCAUGGGCGCGUUGUUGGACAACAAGCACGGCAUCCUCGCCCAAUUCUACCAGCGCGAGGCCGUAUUUGCUGUACUCAAUGAGGCUGCUGAUGCGGCGACUGUACGGUUGGAUGCGUCGGAAUCGCGGGACAUUGCUUCGACGGUGAUCGCAACUUUGCUUAGGGCUGUGGGCAAAGAGGCACAGGAACAGACGCGUCAUCUCGGACUGUUGGCACUGGGCAAGUGGCUUGUGCUUGCUGGUACUGACGAGUUGAAUGCUGCCACAGUAGCUGGUAUAAAGAGUGGACUAGCCAACAAGCCCGAGCCCGUUGUGGCUGGCUACCUUCGUGCUUUGGCGGUACUUUGUUGCUCUAGGGCAACUGCAGCUGUGCCGUUUGCUGAUGAAGUUGUAGACGUGAUAAAGGACUCAAACAAAAGACCACAUGGAGAGCAUCUUGCUGGCGUGUUGGCCGUUGCCAUUGCAGGUGCAAUGGCGUCUGCUAGUAGCGAGAUGGACGCGCGUAUGGGACAGGAGAAUGUUGCUGAGCUCCUGUUGGACUCCACAUCUUUUGUCGGACAUAGCGUCCGAGCACUACUGAGCAAUGUGGCGACUUUAUCCCGACUAAGAGACGUUCCCGAGACUCCGGCUGUUACGGCGUUGGCGACGCUUCCACGCGCUCUGGUGUGGGUCUUGGCAUCACAGCAGUCAGAUGCUCGCGAGGUUUAUUCGCUGUUUGUGGAAUUACUGUGUUCUGCGAUCUUUACUGUACGCCAAAGUGCUGAGAGUGCCCUAGAAGACUUGUAUCUGGCAUCAGUGCAGCAUUGUGCGGGCCUCGUGGCUGCAUUUGAGAGGAAGAUCGACGCGCUGUCAACCGGAGAGAAGCAGAUUGCUCCAUCGGCAGGCGUGCUCCGUCGUGUUUUACGCGUAGUUGUUCCGACUGCUAUUGGCGAUGCUGAGGGCACUAAGGUACAUAUUUUCGCUCGCGUCCUUUUCUUUGCGCAUCAUCCAUUGCUCGUUGCAGGCAGGAAAGUUGACGUAUUUGCGCGCGAGUGGCAGUCUCUCCGUCGCCGUUUUUUGGCACCCAGCACUGCGUCUACGGACAAUACUGACGACAACGAAGACGAUUCUCCUAGUGAAGCUGAUCUAGUCGAUAACUUCAUCGAAGAGCACGAAGAAGUGAAGACAUCAAUUGUAGAACUGCUUGCUAAUGCGUCAGCCGGCAAGUUGUACUCGACAAGCCCAUUGCAGCGCUUGGCUGCUCAGCGAGCAAUCGCCACUUUGCUCAACUUUGCUGGUAACGGCGAUGGUGAAGAUCUCGCGUUGCACGAUAUUGUCGAGAACAUGCUGGCUGAACGUCUGUACAACGAGAAUAUUGAUGCUCUCAGCGAAGAAGACGUUGCGAUCUGCCAGAUCCCUUACGACGAACUGUAUGAGUGUAAGCAGGAAUGUGAGGAGGAUGAGACGACCAGCCGCAGCAAUUCUGGUCGCUUUCGGGGCAAUGCAGACGAACAGUGGGAAGAACAAGUGCGCAUGGAAUUGCAGAAGAAACGGGCUGAGCAAGGCGAUGUGAAGAUGGUGUACUCAGUUGAGCAGCAGGCUUUAUUGAAGGAGCAACAGGAAGUGCGCCGAAAGGUGCAAGAGACGCGUCGUGUUGUGUCCGCUGUGCUGGAGACCAUUGGUAUGCUAGCAGUCACUCGGCCAGAUGAGCUUCACUCUACGCUACCACGUUUACUUCGCUCAGUCCGCGUAUUGUUCACGUGCCCACUUUUCGAGUCCGAGGCGUCCGACGCACUCUUGUCCACAGCUAAGGCUAUAAGUCCGGAGCUGCUUCGCUCAAACUAUCAAGACGUUGCAAGUGCACUACGAAUUGCUCUGCAGCUCGACCGGUUUACCUCGGAUAAAGCAAAGGCGGCGCACCUUGCGGAGAUGCAAUCGCUGUAUCUACGUCUGCUGGCAGAGUUGAUGGAGUUCGUGUUUGGUUUCCAGUUUGACAGCGAAACAGACUUUGACGCCGAUUCUCCAUGCAAUUUGAUUCCUCCGCCAACGCUGCACUUGAUCUUUCCAGUGCUUUGUGCUUCGCUGCGCUUCGCACCGGACCUGCGUCGAUGGGCGCUGCCCCUUCUAGCCGUUCACGCGCGUACGAUCCCUGCUGAAGAAGAAGAAGAAGUUGGCGAUGUCGAAGCACAGCGGCUGCUUCGUCGUGAUAUGAUUCAGCUAGCUUUGCUGCUGCUGUCCCAGCAAGCAACAGGGGAUGCAUUGCCUAUCACGAAUCCAGACCUGGCUCCGGGUAAACUGCUUACUUCUCUGUGUAUGGGACCUGAACUCACCCCGUCGGAGUGGGCCCCUCUGCUUGAUGGGGAAGGCUUGCUCGCAGAAGAGGCAAGUGCACGCGGUGAGGUCCUGACUGCACUGCUCAACGUUGUUCGAAGUGAGGAAGGUGGGGAGGAGUUCCGCAAUGCCAAGCCCAGUUCGCUCUUUGUCAGCCGGCUGCACUGUUGUUGCUUUGAUGCGGACGAAAAGAACCGUACUCUCGCCAAGCAGGUAUGGAAUGCCACAGGAGUUACGACGACGGCACAGUUUGCAGGUCCCUUGCUUGAAUUGCUAAACCACACUCAUGCUAGCGUGCGUGAAAGUGCUUCUCUAGCUCUUGCUGAUGGUAUGCGUCAGUUCCCGGCGUCUGUGACGCCGCUGCUGAAUGAUCUGAAGACGCGGUUCUUGUGCAACCAGCCAAAACCAACGAAGCAAUUGGACGAGUUUGGUAUUCCUACCGCCCGCCGCUCUCAUGCGCUACCAGGGGAACAGAGUGAGGAUGUUCGUACAAUGUACCCUCGCCUCGGCGUCGCUCUAUGCUUGGAGAAAGCAGCAGCGAUGGUAGGCCCUGAAGCAAUCUCCAGCGCCAGCACCAUGCACCUGUUGACGUUUGUUAUGGAACAUGGUCUCGGAGAUCCGAACGCCAAGGUGCGAUCGCAGAUGCGAAAGACCGGUGUGCAAGCUGUGGCUUCGCUGGGUGGAGGCAUCAAUACAGCGCCGCUGCUGGAAAUGUUUGAACGCUUCCUUGAGACGAGUGCUCCCCCUGCAGCUGCAGGGGUUGUAAAGAAGGCCAAGGUUGGGACUGAGCUUGCUGCUCAGGAAGCGGAAAUGCUGGAGCAGCAAGAACAGGCGUUGUCCAUCUACGACCAUCAGCGUGAGGGUGUCGUGGUAUGUUUGGGCUCUCUGGCGAAGCACAUGGCCCCGACGGACCCCAAGGUGUCUUUCAUCGUAGACCUUCUCCUGGAGGCUCUUGACAUUCCGUCUGAGUCAGUCCAGCGCUCGGUCGCUACAUGCCUAUCGACGAUUAUAGGUGCAGUGAAAGAGCGCAGCACAAGUAUCUUGGAUGGCCUGAUGAAGCGUGUGACUGAAGGCCGAACUUUUGGUGAGCGCAUGGGUGCAGCUUUCGGUAUUUCAGCCGUGAUCAAAGGACUUGGUAUUUCUGCACUCAAGCUCCACAGCAUCAUCCCGCGCCUCGAAGAAGCGAUGAAGACGGGCGGGGCUGAUGCGCGUGAAGGCGCCAUGUUUGUGUUUGAGUGUCUGAGCCAACGCCUAGGGCUGCUGUUUGAGCCCUACAUCAUCGUUAUCGUACCCAUUAUGCUCAAGUGCUCGGCCGAUGCCAGUCCGCAAGUACGCACAGCUGCAAGUCAGACUGCUAAAGGUAUCAUGGCCCAUUUGUCGGCCCAUGGCGUGAAGCUGGUGCUGCCAUCGCUUCUGGGUGCGCUGGAGGAGAGCGCGUGGCGUACGAAGCAGUCUGGCAUUCAGAUCUUGGGCUCAAUGGCGUACUGUGCCCCUCGACAGUUGGGCUCGUGUUUGCCUCAGGUGGUGCCCAAGUUAAUGGCUGCGCUGACUGACUCACACCCAAAGGUCCGUGAGGCUGGCAAGAGUGCACUACGUGACGUGGGUUCCGUUAUCCGCAAUCCUGAAAUUGCUGCGAUCUCCAAGGUGUUGCUUGAUGCGCUUGAAGACCCGAACCGGUACACGGCUGAAGCUCUGCAGCAACUCCAGUCGACCUCUUUUCAGCACUCGAUCGAUGCGCCGUCACUGGCGCUUGUGAUGCCUAUUAUCUCUCGUGGUCUCAAGGAUCGUGCUGGUGAUGCGAAGAAGAAGGCCGCACUCAUUGUGGGCAGUAUGUGUUCCAUGAUCAACGAUGCAAAGGACCUUGUCCCGUACAUGGAGACGGUGCUGCCGAGUUUGAAGACUCAACUCAUGGAUCCCAUUCCGGAGGUCCGUGCUGUGGCUGGAAAGGCUUUGGGCAAGCUGGUCAAGGGCCUUGGUGAACGCCACUUUACGGAUGUGCUGACGUGGCUCCUUGGAGCAAUGAAGGACGAUGAAGUUGGUCCUGUCGAGCGUUCAGGCGCUGCACAAGGUCUGUGUGAAGUUGUGGUUGCGCUUGGUUUCGAUCGCGUCGAGCGUGUCAUGCGGGAAGACAUCUUGCCACUGGCUCGUCAUCCGAAGUACUCAGUGCGUGAAGGUGUGUUGUGGGUGAUUGCCUUCCUGCCACCGGCACUUGGUAAGCAGUUCUCAGUCUUCCUUCGCGAAGCACUGCCCAUCGUGGUGGCAGGUCUCAGCGACGAAGCCGAGUCUGUACGCGGUGUUGCCAUGCACUCGGGACACGUAGUUGUCAACGCGCACGCCCUCUCGCAUACGCGUGACCUGCUACCAAGUCUCGAGGCUGGUCUUUUCGAUGAUAGCUGGCGUAUUCGCCAAAGCUCGGUCACACUGCUGGGUGAUCUUAUGUAUCGCAUCAGUGGCACGCGUGCUGUUGCUGUUGUUAACGAUGACAGCCAUGAUGACGAGGAGACGUCUGGCAGUGCUGCAGGUGAUCGUGCGAUUAUCAAACUGCUUGGUAUCCAGCGUCGUAAUGCUAUCUUGGCAGCGCUGUACAUGAUUCGCUCGGAUACGUCGGCUGUAGUACGCCAAAGCGCGUUGCAGGUUUGGAAAAGCGUGGUCACCAACACGCCCAAAACUCUUCGCCAGAUUCUCGAGGCACUCCUGAACACUAUCGUGUCGGCACUUUCAGGUGACAACAUGGAAAAGCUGACAAUGGCUGGCCGUACUCUUGGCGACAUUGUGCGAAAGCUGGGGGAGCAUGUACUACCUGAGGUAGUGCCUAUCUUGCGCGCUGGAUUGUCGCCUUCGCUACCUAUUGGCCGUCGACAAGGAGCUUGUAUCGGUCUCGCUGAAGUCAUUGACUGUUGUACGAAGAAACAGGUCGAGGACUAUGUUGACACACUCCUUGACGCUGUUUUGGACGGGGUUUGUGACGAAGUAGCAGAGGUCCGUGCAUCGGCAGCGCACGCGUUUGAUGUCCUGCACAAAGGUAUUGGCUACCGUGCGAUCGAUGAGACCGUUCCCAAGAUCCUGGAGCGCAUCCACUCUUCGCCGUCGGCAGAGGAACAGGAACGUGCGCUUCUAGGACUGCAGGAGAUUUUGCGCGUAAAGUCGCGUGAGGUGCUCCCGUAUUUGAUCCCACGUCUGCUGGUAAAACCGGUGACUGCCUCGGCGGCAUUUGCAGUGUCGCGCGUGGCGCAGGCGACAGGUGCCGUCAUUCACUUUCAAGUCGAGCGAAUUUUUGCUGCAUUUUUCGCGCAGUAUGUCGAGCUGCUGGAAGCUGGCAGUCCGGAUGCUUCAAAGGCAGAACUUGCUGAGAAAAUCAAGAGCUCGUUGCGCGAAGUGGUGCUUCAUGUGGACGCGCCUGGUGUGCACUGGCUGGCGAUCGAGCUGUGCAAAUACUGCGAGAGUGAAGACGAGCUUGAGCGUGUUCUUGCUUUCGAGCUUGUGGCGGAAUUCUGCUCGCACGCGUCGGUACCGUAUGACGACCAGGCGCCGCUGUUCCUGAAGCAGAUUGUGCUGCACUUGAACGAGCAGAGCGAUUCGGUGGUUCGCGCGGCAUCUGCGGCACUCAAAGGCAUGAACGUGACCACGAAGCCGGAAGAUUUUGCACAACACUUGGACUUCAUUCGUCAAUCGAUCAACUCGAUGGUCAGUGACGCCCGUCAUCGCAAGGGUGGUGUUGGUGACGGCGAGUACUUGCUACCCGGUCUCUGCAUUCCUCAUGGCCUGGAGCCGUUUUUGCCCGGUUACCAAUGGGCUCUGAUGAACGGCUCGCCGGUUCUGCGUCAAAGCGCAGCUACUGGCUUGGGUGAGCUUGUGGAGUUAAGCAGCGCCUCGGCUCUUCGUCCGUACUUGAUCAAGCUCACGGGGCCGCUCAUUCGUAUCGCCGGUGAUCGUUUCCCCGGUCACGUGAAGGCUGCAAUCUUACAGAGUCUGGAGAUCAUUUUGACCAAGGGUGGCGUGGCACUCAAGCCGUUCCUUCCGCAGCUGCAGACUACAUUCAUCAAGGCCUUGAACGACACUGCUGCGGAAGUUCGAGCUCGCGGGGCGUCAGCAUUGAGGGUGCUUGUCACUCUCAGUCCGCGCGUGGAACCACUUUUGACUGAGCUUACGGAGCGCUUACGAACUACGACUGGUGGCGUGCGUGAAGCCAACCUGGAAGCCGUUGCCUCGGUGGUCGAGCGCGUCGGCGAUAAACUGUCCGCUGCUGGCCGCAGCACUCUGGAGAAUGCACUCGAGGAGAUGUUAGAGUCAAGCGAAGACGCACUCCGGGACGGCGCAAGCAUGUGUCUAGCUUCCUGCGUGGCUACCACCGCAAGCAUCGACGCGGAGGUGGCGAUGGGGCAGCUGUUGGACUACAGUUUGACAAACACCACCGAAGAUGACAGGCAGGCGCUGUCAUGGCAGCGCCGCCAGAGUGCGGCUGUAUUCGCUGCGUCGGUAUUGCACAAGCACGCAGCGCUGCUGACAUUGGAUAUCUCCGCUUCUCUGACUGUCACGCUUCUUGCACUGGCGCAAGACGAACAGGUUGCAGUGCGGAACCACGCGCUUAAGGCACUUGGUGCCGUGGUAAAGCACUCGAAGCAUCUGGAAAGUGCCGCUGCCCUGGUGCCUGUGCUGGCGGACAGCCUGACGCAUAAGAGCAAGGACAUCGUCCGUGGUUCGCUGCACGUGAUGAAACUCGCUGCGAAGCGCUCACCGGAGCAACUGCGCGAGCACCUGCCCGUGCUUGUUCCUGCUGUCUUUCAGGUUAUCAAGAGUAACUACAUGGCCGUGAAGUUGCCUGCUGAACGAACGCUGCUCUACCUGCUUGAAGUGCAUUCGCGACCAGAGACCCAGGCAGAGUAUCUGCGCAGCGGUGGUGCUGAUGCCAAGGUCAUCAGCGAGUAUACACGUCGUGUGUUGAGCAAGCUCAAGGCGGACAGCGGUGACGAGAGCGACUAA